ACCCAAAAGCAGUAGUCCACGUAACCACUUCCCGUCAUGUCUUCUCUUUCUCUGAAACCGCUAUCCAUUUCUACAUUCAUCUCUGAUAACCCACACAUCAAACCCUUCAAAUUCCAACGGAACAUUCCAAUGCCCUGUAAAUCGCACUACCAAACUGAAAGGACCCACCAAUUCGAUGUCGGCGAUACCUUCUUCCGCAGCGAAAGCGCCACUGCCCGCGAUCUCGGUGUUCUCUCCGCCGCCCUCUACCGGAAUACCACAGGAAGCCUACGAGUUCUCGACGCCAUGUGCGGCUGUGGAAUUCGUUCUCUUCGGUACUUAGCAGAGGCGGACGCCGAUUUCGUCGUGGCGAAUGAUGCAAAUGAAAAUAACAGGGAGAUUAUUUUGGGAAAUCUUUCUCGGGUCUCAAGUGGUUCUGGAGAAGGAAAAAGAUGGGAGGUUAAUCAUUUGCCUGCCACUAGGUUACUGGCUGAGUGUUACUUGCGAAAGGAUUACUUUGACCUUAUUGAUGUGGAUUCUUUCGGUAGCGGUUCGAGUUACUUGCGAGUUGCUUUGGAUGCUGUGAAAUUGGGUGGCUUGCUAUACAUUACCUCCACCGAUGGGCUUUCUUCUGGUGGUCAUAGGCCUCAACGGUCGUUAGCUGCCUAUGGAGCAUAUGUUCGGCCUUUGCCAUACUCAAAUGAGAUAGGUCUCCGGAUGCUUAUAGGUGGAGCUGUUAGAGAGGCUUCAGUGCUUGGUUAUCAUGUUGUUCCACUUUUCUCAUACUACUCAUAUCAUGGGCCCGUGUUUAGAGUGUUGCUACAAGUCAAGCGUGGAAAGUCUCCCUCUAGCAGGUAUUAUAGUUUUAUCAGCUAUUGCAACCGAUGUGGGAACACUCAAGCAUUUUCGUGGAAUGAACUUGGUGAGAUCAGCUGCCCUUGUAGUACAAAUGUUUCGCGUUCACUUGUAGUUUCAGGACCCCUCUGGACUGGGCCUCUUCACAAUGCUCCCCAUUUAACAGAAAUGAUGAGUUUGGCUGAUCAGUGGGGAUGGUUUGGUGAUGGAGAGGGAAAAAACCUAGAAAAGCUAUUGAAACAGAUGAUUGACGAGAGUGACCCCAAACUGCCAGUUGGAUACCUCAAUACAGAUGAGAUAGCAAGCCGGGCUAAACUUAAUUUGCCUCCCCUAAGUGUGAUAAUGAACAGCCUGCACGAGGGAGGUUAUGCUGUUAGCAGAUCACAUAUUGCCCCAAAUGCAAUAAAGACAGACUGCCCCAUGGUUGAAUGUGUAAAGAUUGUGAAGCAACUCCAACAGCCUGCUGAAAUGAGUUCAUGUCAUUAAAUUUUGUUGGUUCUACAGUACAUCGAUGAAGGGGAUUGUCAAUACUGUUGUAAAGGCUUUAAAAUUAGUUUUCCAAAUGAAGAGCCACACAAAAUUCAGCAGUUGCUAUUACAAGUUUUGCACGCAGUUGCUUCCACCGGAGCAAUUCAGAAAUAUGGAGGUUGCUUAUCCAAUCCCAGUUUUGGAUUAUCUAGGCAGAGCUACGCUAAUCUUAGCUUGUCAUGCUUUUAAUCCCAGUUUUGGUUUAUCUAGGCAGAGCGACGCUAAUCUUAGCUUAUCAUGCUUUUGACGCCAGCUUGGAUGUUGGGAUUAUACGGAAAUAUGCGGCAACACUUCUAGUUGACAGUUGAGGAUAAAUUUUGUUCUCUUGUUGGAAAAACAAAUUAUUGAUUAUUGGAAUGACAGACACAAGUGAAGCGAAAUGAAUAUGGACGUAUCAUAUAGCCAAUGCAGCUACAUUGAGAUUAAGAUGUAUUGUUGCUUAUGUAGUUUUGUAAAGUAGAUCCAUGUAGAAUCAGAUGCAACAUGCAAGGUGUUGGUAACUUGAAUAACUUGUUUCUUAUCCUGCUACCAUAUAACAACUAAUUAUUCUCUUGCACUCUACUGAAUGGAAUUCAAUGUCACUUGUAAUGGAAGGCUUAGGGUUCUUCCCUGAAAAAAGAGAACAUAAUUUAAAGUUGUGUUGGUAAAGUCACAUGGUCACAAAUUUGGAAAUGUUGCAACAGGUUUAAGCCUCUUAUGAAGUCCGACAUCACCAGCCACUACAGUAGACUGUUCAGUUUCACCUUCUUCAACUAAACAUAUGCUAACUCC